CCAAGGCCGUUAUUCCAACAAUCCUCUUCCAGCUGCCGCCGAAUCAGGAGCUUUAGCCAGGACCCACGCCACUUAGAGCUUGUUGGAGUGUGGCAGCCGAGCUUUCAACAACACCCAAAGGAUGCUGCCGGAGGUUCAGCCGCUAUUUAAGGAUGCUGCGUUGCGGCCUUAGCUUCAGUCAACGCGCGGCGUUUGAGUUCUUUGGAUCGCGCUGAAAACUGAAAUCGAAGGACCACACAGAUAAUCCAAAGAAGCUAUCAGUUUAAAAAGAGUCCCUAAAUCUCUUUGUGAGUGAAGUGACCCAAAGAAAAGUGUCUAGCAAUAUUGUUUCUUUGCCUUGUUAAGAUGUGUAAUAAGCUACUGUUAAUAGUUGCCACGAAUUAAUCCGUUUAAUUACAAAAACACUGUUUUCGAAAACAUAAAUCGGUUACUAUAGUGAAGCAAUUGAGUGUGGACCGAAAAACGAGAGCGCCGCAGAAAGUUUACCAACAGAAUUUAAUCAAAAACUUGGAGGGUAAAUUGUCCAAGUGGUUCACCUGUUGGCUGCAUUUUAAAUCAACGAGGCAAACAAUCAGCGCAGAGGAGCUGCUCCUAGUCCCCAGACAAGAUGUCGCAGCAUUUCACAUCGAUAUUCGAGAACCUGCGAUUCGUGACCAUCAAACGUGCGACAAAUGCGCAACAGCAGCAGCAGCAACAGCAACUGCAGCAGCAGCAGCAGCAACAGAAGGCACAUGUAGCCGCACAGCAACAAAACAGCAGAAAAAUCAAAACUCAAGCUACGCCAACGGUGAAUGGCAAUGGGCUCUUGAGCUGCAAUCCAAAUGGCGGAGGAGGUGACUCCUCGCCCUGCCAUGAAGUGGAUCUUGCGGGAGGAGCUCAAGGAGCAGGAGGAGCAGGGGGCUUGCCAUCUUCAAGUGGCACGCCAUUGAGGCACCACAAGCGCGCCAGUAUCUCCACAGCGUCGCCUCCAGUUCGCGAACGGCGUGGCACCAACACCAGCAUCGUGGUCGAACUGGAUGGGAAUGGGAGUGGCGGUGGAGGUGGAGGUGGCCAGGGUACGGGAUGUCCUCCCUCGGGCAGUGGCACUGCGUCCGGAAAAAGUUCGCGGGAACUAUCGCCGUCGCCCAAAAACCAACAGCAGCCCAGAAAGAUGUCACAGGAUUAUCGGUCGCGUGCCGGCAGCUUUAUGCACCUGGACGACGAGGGACGCAGUCUGCUGAUGCGCAAGCCGAUGAGACUGAAGAACAUCGAGGGCAGGCCGGAGGUCUACGACACGCUGCACUGCAAGGGUCGCGAGAUUCUAUCCUGCUCGAAGGCCACCUGUACGAGCAGCAUUAUGAACAUUGGCAAUGCGGCGGUGGAGGCUAGGAAGCCGGAUCUGAUCCUGGAACACGCCAAGGACUUCCUGGAGCAGUACUUCACAUCGAUAAAGCGUACAUCAUCUACCGCCCACGAGACGCGGUGGAAACAGGUGCGCCAGAGCAUUGAGACCACUGGACAUUAUCAGCUAACCGAAACGGAGCUAAUUUAUGGUGCCAAAUUGGCCUGGCGCAAUUCUUCUCGUUGCAUUGGCCGAAUACAAUGGUCGAAGUUGCAGGUCUUUGACUGUCGGUAUGUGACAACAACAAGUGGCAUGUUUGAAGCCAUUUGCAAUCACAUUAAAUAUGCAACAAAUAAAGGCAACCUGAGGUCGGCCAUCACGAUAUUUCCCCAACGCACAGAUGCCAAGCAUGAUUAUCGCAUUUGGAAUAACCAAUUAAUAUCUUAUGCCGGCUACAAGCAGGCGGAUGGGAAAAUCAUUGGCGAUCCCAUGAAUGUCGAGUUUACCGAGGUCUGCACCAAGCUGGGCUGGAAGAGCAAGGGCAGCGAGUGGGACAUACUGCCAUUGGUGGUCUCGGCCAAUGGCCACGAUCCGGACUACUUUGAUUACCCGCCCGAGCUGAUACUGGAAGUGCCGCUGACCCAUCCCAAAUUCGAAUGGUUCUCGGAUCUGGGACUGCGGUGGUACGCCCUGCCCGCCGUAUCCAGUAUGCUGUUCGAUGUGGGCGGCAUCCAGUUUACGGCCACCACAUUCAGCGGUUGGUACAUGUCGACAGAGAUUGGCAGCCGGAAUUUAUGCGACACAAAUCGCCGCAAUAUGCUCGAGACGGUGGCGCUGAAGAUGAACCUGGACACCCGCACACCCACGUCCCUGUGGAAGGACAAGGCCGUCGUGGAGAUGAACAUCGCCGUGCUCCACUCCUACCAGAGUCGCAACGUGACCAUUGUGGAUCACCACACGGCCAGCGAGAGCUUCAUGAAGCAUUUCGAGAACGAGUCCAAGCUCAGGAAUGGGUGUCCCGCUGAUUGGAUUUGGAUCGUGCCGCCGCUGUCGGGCUCCAUAACGCCGGUGUUCCACCAGGAGAUGGCUCUGUACUACCUGAAGCCCUCGUUCGAGUACCAGGAUCCCGCCUGGCGCACCCACGUGUGGAAGAAGGGGCGUGGCGAGAGCAAGGGCAAGAAGCCAAGACGUAAAUUCAAUUUUAAACAAAUCGCUAGGGCUGUGAAAUUUACAUCGAAACUAUUUGGACGCGCCUUGUCGAAGCGCAUAAAGGCAACAGUUCUUUAUGCCACCGAAACUGGCAAAUCGGAGCAAUAUGCCAAGCAGCUUUGUGAGCUACUGGGACACGCAUUCAAUGCUCAGAUAUAUUGCAUGUCGGACUACGAUAUAUCCUCCAUUGAGCACGAGGCAUUGUUAAUUGUUGUGGCCUCCACCUUUGGCAACGGCGAUCCCCCCGAAAAUGGCGAGCUUUUCUCCCAGGAACUGUAUGCGAUGCGUGUCCAGGAGUCUGGCGAGCAUGGAUUGCAGGACUCCAGCAUUGGCUCGUCGAAGUCCUUCAUGAAGGCCAGCUCGCGGCAGGAGUUCAUGAAGCUGCCACUGCAACAGGUGAAGAGAAUCGACCGCUGGGACUCGCUGCGGGGCUCCACCUCGGACACCUUCACCGAGGAGACCUUUGGGCCCCUGUCCAAUGUCCGGUUCGCCGUUUUUGCCCUCGGCUCCUCGGCCUAUCCGAAUUUCGGCGCCUUCGGUCAGUAUGUGGACAACAUUCUGGGCGAGCUCGGCGGCGAACGCCUGCUGCGGGUGGCCUACGGCGACGAGAUGUGCGGACAGGAGCAGUCCUUCCGGAAGUGGGCGCCCGAGGUAUUCAAGUUGGCCUGCGAGACCUUCUGCCUGGAUCCCGAGGAGAGCCUCUCGGAUGCCUCGCUAGCCCUGCAGAACGAUUCCCUGACAGUGAACACGGUGCGUCUGGUGCCGUCGGCGAACAAGGGAUCCCUGGACAGCAGUCUGUCCAAGUACCACAACAAGAAGGUGCACUGCUGCAAGGCGAAGGCGCAGCCCCACAAUCUGACCCGUCUGAGCGAGGGGGCCAAGACCACGAUGCUGCUGGAGAUCUGUGCACCGGGCUUGGAGUACGAGCCUGGUGAUCAUGUGGGCAUCUUUCCGGCAAAUCGAGCGGAGCUGGUAGACGGACUGAUUAGCCGCUUGGUGGGUGUGGAUAAUCCCGACGAGGUGCUGCAGCUGCAGCUGCUAAAGGAGAAGCAGACAUCGAAUGGGAUCUUCAAGUGCUGGGAGCCGCACGACAAAAUACCGCCGGAUACUCUGAGGAAUCUGCUAGCCCGAUUCUUCGACCUGACCACUCCGCCAUCCCGACAGCUACUCACUUUGCUGGCGGGAUUCUGCGAGGACGCCGCGGACAAGGAGCGGCUGGAGUUGCUGGUCAACGAUUCGUCCGCCUACGAGGACUGGCGGCACUGGCGACUGCCCCACCUGCUGGACGUUCUGGAGGAGUUCCCCUCGUGCCGGCCACCGGCUCCUCUUCUGCUUGCCCAACUGACGCCGCUGCAGCCUCGCUUCUACUCCAUUUCGUCGUCGCCUCGCCGCGUUAGUGACGAAAUCCACCUGACGGUAGCCAUCGUUAAGUACCGCUGCGAAGAUGGCCAGGGUGACGAGCGGUACGGCGUUUGCUCCAACUACCUAUCCGGCUUGCGGGCGGACGACGAGCUGUUCAUGUUCGUGAGGAGCGCCCUGGGCUUUCACUUGCCCAGCGACCGGAGUCGUCCCAUCAUUCUGAUUGGUCCUGGCACUGGAAUAGCUCCAUUCCGCUCCUUCUGGCAGGAGUUCCAGGUGCUGCGCGACCUGGAUCCCAUUGCCAAGUUGCCCAAGAUGUGGCUCUUCUUCGGCUGUCGGAAUCGGGAUGUGGACUUGUACGCCGAGGAAAAGGCGGAGCUGCAGAAGGAGCAGAUCCUGGACCGAGUCUUUCUCGCUCUGUCCAGGGAGCAGGCCAUUCCGAAGACAUAUGUGCAGGACCUGAUUGAGCAGGAAUUCGAUUCGUUGUACCAGUUGAUUGUCCAGGAGCGGGGCCACAUCUACGUCUGCGGCGAUGUCACAAUGGCCGAGCACGUGUACCAGACCAUCAGGAAGUGCAUUGCCGGCAAAGAGCAGAAAAGCGAGGCGGAAGUUGAGACAUUUUUGCUAACACUGCGAGACGAAAGUCGCUACCACGAGGACAUAUUUGGCAUCACGCUGAGAACCGCUGAGAUACACACAAAGUCAAGGGCCACGGCCAGGAUACGGAUGGCCUCCCAGCCCUAAGGAUAGAUAUUCGAACUAAUCAAAAUAGGAGGGUGACAUAUCCACAUAAGAGAGGAGCAGCAAGCACUUAUCCUUUUUUUCUUCCAUAUUCAAAUGCAAUUAAAUAUUGUCGCUUUGUUCAUUACAUAUUCGUAUGGAUAACGUUUAAAUAACUUACAUUUUAUUAUUGAUUCUAAUGUACAAAUCAAUUCCGAAAUCAAAAUCUAAAUGUUGAAAUAUAUUUCAAAUAAACGAACCGAAAAAG